AUGGAUCCGAGUGUCGAUCUGAGUGCCUUCUUUGAGGUGACAGCAUAUGAGUCUCAGUGUGAUGAUCAUCUUCCUCUUCCCAUCAAACAAUCACCUCCAAUAUGUGUGUUUAUAGCGUUUGUGAGAAACCUAGAAAUAGCUACUAAAAUGAGUCAGAUUGCUUCCACAAGACGAAGAAGCCCUCGACGAUUCCUUGCUCAAGGCGAGUCUCUCUCCAUACAAGAACUGAUUAAUACUUGCCCCAGAAGAUUCCUCGAGGAAGAUAGUGUGUUCGGUGUGUAUGGACUUGCUCGAUUUUUCCUAACUAACGGGACAGUAAAGGAGGUCCACUGCCCACUCACCCAAAUUGUGCUUCCAGAUGCAGGAGAUUUUACUCCGAGGGUAGAAAGAUUUAAAUCCUUUGUGUGCGAUGUGUUCCAGCUAGGAACAGCUGGUUACAGACCAAUUAAAUGUUUUUUCCCAGCUACAGAAGACCUCUGCCGACCCCACACACAUCACAUUGUAGACAACUUGGUCAAGAGGCACCAACUCGAAGCCACAAUUGCCGAGGUGGCACAUUUCAAAUAUGGAAUUUCGAAUCCAAUGUGUGGUAUGAUCUCAGGCUACUGUGCACACUUGCUUCCCAAGAAGAAGAGAGCAGCCAAAAUUAUGAUAGCCCUACUAGGUCGUGAAGGAGUAACCUACGAGCUAAUACACCCUGUGUACACACGUCUCCAGUGCGGCAGUGUCAUCUUACCUCCGUGGGUGAAGAAGGAAGACUUACACAUUCCGGGACCGGGAAACUUAGUGUUUCCAAAGUCACGGGACAUGGCUUAUUAG